GCUCCGCUCCGCUGCCUCAGUCACCGCCUACGACCGCCACCCCGCGUCAAUUUACAGUCCAACUCUCGCUACGGCGGCUCCACCCCACCGUGCAUCGUCUCCCUCCCUCCGUCGUUCCGACCUGGUGCCAGGGCCUCAGGCACCCGCCACCGCCACAGAAGGCCCUCGAUUACCAGUAACCAGCAAUGAAGUUCCAAAUCGAGGACGUGACGGUGUACUUCCCCUACGAUAACAUCUAUCCGGAGCAGUACUCGUACAUGGUGGAGCUCAAGCGUGCACUGGAUGCCAAGGGCCACUGCCUCCUCGAGAUGCCCACUGGCACCGGCAAGACCAUCGCCCUCCUCUCCCUCAUCACCAGCUACGCCCUCUCCAAGCCCCAGUCCCCGCUCAAGCUCCUCUACUGCACCCGCACUGUCCACGAGAUGGAGAAGACCCUCGCCGAGCUCAAGAAGCUCCACGAUUACCAGGUCCAGCAUCUCGGCCCUGCUGCCAGGAUCCUCGCCGUCGGCUUGUCGUCGAGGAAGAAUCUGUGUGUGAAUCCACGGGUGGUGUCUGCGGAGAACAGAGAUUCGGUGGACGCUGGGUGCAGGAAGCUCACUGCGAGCUGGGUCCGGGCUUUGGCAGAAAAAAAUCCUAAUGUCCCGACUUGCGAGUUCUUUGAGGAGUACGAGAGGGCAGGAUCGGGGGCUGUGUUGCCUCCCGGUGUAUAUACGCUGCAGGAUUUGAGGGCAUUUGGAAAAUUGAAAGGGUGGUGCCCGUACUUUUUGGCCCGGCAUAUGGUGCAGUUUGCUAAUGUGGUAGUGUACAGCUACCAGUAUUUGCUCGACCCUAAAGUGGCUGGGAUCAUUUCAAAGGAAAUGCAGAGAGAGUCUGUUGUGGUUUUUGAUGAGGCGCAUAAUAUCGAUAAUGUAUGCAUAGAAGCUCUUAGUGUCUCCGUGAGAAGACAAACCCUUGAAGGGGCAACAAGAAAUCUUUCAAAAAUGGAGCAGGAGAUACAAAGGUUCAAGGCCACAGAUGAGAGUAGGUUGAGAGCAGAGUACAAUCGGCUUGUUGAGGGAUUGGCACAGAGAGGAGACUUGCAAGUAGGUGAUACCUGGCUUGCAAAUCCUGCAUUACCUGAUGAUAUCCUGAAGGAGGCUGUUCCAGGAAAUAUUCGACGAGCAGAUUUUUUUGUACGUGUGUUACGUAGAUUAGUCCAAUACCUAAAAGGACGGUUGGAAACAGACAGUGUUGAGAAAGAAGGCCCUGUUACUUUUGUUGCUUCCAUAAACAAUCAUGCUGGAAUUGACCAGAAAACCUUGAAGUUCUGCUAUGAUCGGCUGCACUCUCUCUUGCUCACACUAGAGAUAACUGACACUGAUGAGUUCUUGCCCAUACAAACUAUCUGUGAUUUUGCAACACUUGUGGGCACAUAUGCUCGUGGCUUUUCAAUUAUUAUCGAGCCUUUCGAUGACAGAAUGCCAGAUGUACGAGACCCUGUACUGCAGCUCAGUUGCCACGAUGCUUCUCUUGCGAUAAAGCCCGUCUUUGACCGCUUCCAGACAGUUGUUAUAACAUCUGGAACUCUGAGUCCGAUUGAUCUCUACCCUCGUCUUCUGAAUUUUAAUCCUGUAGUUAGUCGGAGUUUUACAAUGUCCCUGACAAGAGAUUGCAUAUGCCCGAUGGUCCUUACCCGUGGAAGUGAUCAGCUGCCAGUUAGUACCAAAUUUGACAUGCGAAGUGAUCUUGGAGUAGUUAGGAAUUAUGGGAGGCUCUUGCUGGAAAUGGUUUCGGUUGUUCCUGAUGGGAUUGUGUGCUUCUUUGUUAGUUAUUCUUAUAUGGACGAAAUAGUGAAUAGUUGGAAUGAGACUGGGAUUUUGAAGGAAAUAAUGCAGCAUAAGCUUGUCUUCAUUGAGACACAAGAUGUGGUUGAAACCACAUUGGCCCUCGAUAACUAUCGUAAAGCUUGUGAUUGUGGGAGAGGGGCGGUCUUUUUCUCUGUUGCAAGGGGUAAAGUGGCUGAAGGAAUUGAUUUUGACCGACAUUAUGGGAGGCUUGUCAUCAUGUUUGGCGUUCCCUUCCAGUAUACAUUGAGCAAAAUUUUGCUGGCUAGGUUGGAGUACCUACGUGAUACAUUUCAAAUAAAGGAAGGCGAUUUCUUGACUUUUGAUGCCUUGAGGCAGGCGGCUCAAUGUGUUGGUAGAGUAAUUCGAUCAAAGGCUGACUAUGGGAUGAUGAUUUUUGCAGACAAAAGGUAUAGUCGUCAUGAUAAGCGUUCAAAACUGCCUGGGUGGAUACUGUCCCAUCUACGGGAUGCACAUCUCAAUUUGAGCACUGACAUGGCUGUGUAUAUUGCACGGGAGUUCCUUCGGAGGAUGGCCCAGCCGUAUGAUAAAGCCGGUGGUGGUGGUAAGAAAACCCUUUUAUCCCAAGAAGAUUUGCAGAAAAUGGUGGAAGGACACAUGAAUGAAAUGUUGUAUUGAAGAUUUUAAGUUUAUUUUGCCACCCACAUCUAAGUCCAUGGUACUCAUUGGGACGGCCUUGGAGUGUCGGGAAAUUUUGUUCCAGUAUUGGAGUUAUGGAGAAAGUUUAGCAUAUUAUGGGGCAUCCUUGGUCCAAAUUGGAAAAUUUACUUUGGAUUUCUCGUAACUUAAUUCGCGGUUAGCCUUUUUUGUAGGCUUAUGGGUAGUACAUGGUUUGGUUUUUCAAUCUCGAUCUAGUACGCAAUGUGGCAAUAUGGGUGAAAUUAUAUGUUUUCCUUGUAAUUUGUCCAAUUCUGAGCCUAGUGAAGGGAAGUGAUUACUUUUUGGUGAGUUAA